CGUCUCUUCCGGCACUGCGAGGGAGACGGAGCGGCCAUGUUGGACUGUUGAUUUUAUAGAAAGCUAACAAUAGGACGGGUCCCGGUACUGGAGCUAGGAUUCAAAACUCAAUCCGAGUCCAUCCGCAGCGAAGCGGUGCCAGUCACGCACGACGGAGGGUAACACAACACGGUUCAUUACCGGGGGGUUCUUUAUAGCCGGGUAUUCGAAGUAUCAAAACCCAACACUUGUUUGCACUUGAGAAAAAACGAAUCUACAACGAACUGAAAGAAGAUAAAUAAAAAAUAUAUAUGUGUCUACAAAAAAAAAAAAAACUAAGAUAUAUAUCUGGAUCACUGUGAAGUAACUUGCUCUUUUUUAUAGGAAAAUAAACUGUUGAAUUUUUACUAUAAAUGACAAGAGGAAGAAAAACCUUUUAAAGUUCAAAAAAGCAAAAACGAAAGACGAAGAGCAAACUUCAUAAACUUCAUCAUCACCGAAGAGGCUCUGGUGGAUGUACUGAGCUGCUGUUACUGAAGCAAGCCUUUACUCUUCUAAAUAUAUUAAUAUAUAUAUAUGUUUAUAUAUACAUAAAUAUAUAUAUUACUUCUCUUCAUUUGCGAAGAGCGUUUCUUUACUGACUUAUCAAAACUUCUGUGUGGACGGCCGUGUCUGUGUUUUUUUUAUUACAAGCUGUCAAAGGAGGAUUUCAAACCAGGGGGGAAAAAACCUCUUGUAAUCGCACACGGGAAUACGUUUUGAAGUUCUUAAAAGGAACAAACGAUCCAUAGGAAAAGAGACGUGCAAUAUGGCCACAGCCAGGACCGAGAACCCUGCCCCGAUGCUGAUGGGACUGAGCAAACAGAACGGGCAGCUGAGAGGACAGCAAAAGCCUGCCGCCCCUCAGUCAGGACCCCCUGGGAUCGGGCACCCCGUCAAGCCCCCUCACCUGCUGCAGAGCGCUGCCCCUCAGAAGCCUGGAGCUCCUCCGAACAGUGGAGGGAUCAGGUUCGGGGAUGACUGGAAGAAGAAUCUACAGCUCCCGCCGAAGGACAUGAGAAUCAGGACUUCAGAUGUAACUUCCACAAAAGGCAACGAGUUUGAAGAUUACUGUUUGAAACGGGAGCUGCUGAUGGGAAUCUUUGAGAUGGGCUGGGAGAAGCCUUCGCCCAUUCAGGAGGAGAGUAUGCCCAUUGCACUGUCCGGACGGGACAUUCUGGCCAGAGCCAAAAACGGGACGGGGAAGAGCGGCGCCUACCUCAUCCCGCUUCUGGAACGGCUGGACCUCAAGAAGGAUAAUAUCCAGGCGAUCGUCAUGGUUCCCACUCGUGAGCUCGCCCUGCAGGUCAGUCAGAUCUGCAUCCAGAUCAGCAAACACAUGGGAGAGGUGAAGGUGAUGGCUACCACAGGAGGGACCAACCUGCGCGAUGACAUCAUGAGGCUGGACGAGACCGUCCACGUGAUAAUCGCCACGCCCGGCAGAAUCGUGGACCUGAUUAAGAAAGGAGUGGCCAAAGUGGACCGGGUCCAGGUGAUGGUGAUGGAUGAGGCUGACAAGCUGCUGUCUCAGGACUUUGUGGUCCUAAUCGAGGAGAUCAUCAGCUACCUCCCCAAAAACAGGCAGAUCCUGCUCUACUCUGCCACCUUCCCCAUCAGCGUACAGAAAUUCAUGAGCAAGCACCUGCAGAAGCCCUAUGAGAUUAACCUGAUGGACGAGCUCACCCUGAAAGGAAUCACUCAGUUCUACGCUUACGUGACGGAGAGGCAGAAGGUGCACUGCCUGAACACGCUGUUCUCCAGGCUCCAAAUUAACCAGUCGAUCAUCUUCUGCAACUCGACCCAGCGAGUGGAGCUUCUGGCCAAAAAGAUCACCCAGCUGGGAUACUCCUGCUUCUACAUCCACGCCAAGAUGAUGCAGGAGUACAGAAACCGUGUGUUCCACGACUUCAGAAACGGAUUGUGUAGGAACCUGGUCUGCACAGAUCUGUUCACAAGAGGCAUCGAUAUCCAGGCAGUGAACGUGGUGAUCAACUUCGACUUCCCAAAGAACGCAGAGACAUACCUGCACCGCAUCGGCCGGUCAGGGCGUUUUGGUCACCUGGGUCUGGCUAUCAACCUGAUCACUUCGGAGGACCGCUUCAACCUGAAAUCCAUCGAGGACCAGCUGGUGACGGAGAUCAAGCCCAUCCCGAGCAGCAUCGACAAGAGCCUGUACGUGGCGGAGUACCACUCGGAGCUGCACGGGCAGGAAGCCCACGACGUGGCGCUGGAGGAGCACCCCUAACGGGCUGUUGGGCAGCAGGUGGCUUUUUCUUCUCUCGAGGGAUGUAUCUGGUACUGCACAAAGACUUCUCUAAUUUGGAAAAAAUUCCGUAUUUCAAUCCCAUAUUUUCAAGUAAGCCUGGAUCAGCAAUCCUUGCUGUUGUAGUUUUUUUGUUAAAAAUCAUUACACUCAAAGAAAAAAACACCCUCUAGCAGUUUUUUUUUUUGUGUGUGAAGGCAACACUGAACAAAGCUGUAAAAAGACAGCCUUCUGGACCCCCCCACCCCCCUCACGCCCUCCGAUUCUCCCUCUGAAAUCUUACCCCACCCCCCCCCCCCCCGAUUCCUUCAUCGCCAGGAGGGAGCGAAUCAACUCUAAAGUGACUGACUGAUUUUAUCCCCAAAUCCUUUUCAAUCCUCUCACCAAACCUGCCAAUCUGUCCCCAGUAUCUGACCGGUCUUACUGCAGUAUUAAGUGCCUUAUCGCUCCCUCCUGUUCGGAAGGUAAAUGCAGCACCCACUAAACACCUAUUUUUUUGUCUUUUUUGUUAGUUUCUUUCUCAGUAGUUUUAAGAUGGAGCCCCACUUUUUCUCGCUCUCCUUUUUCGCUUUAUAAUCCAGACUUCACUCCCCUCUCUGCAUCUCCGAGUCGGAGUUGGAUUCUUUGAUUCUUGUUAAAGGACAGCUCGCAAGCUGACUGGAAUUCAAAAUAAAUACGCGAUUAGAAUUCAAAGCUUGGGAACGCGUAGAACAAAUGUGUUUUUUUUUUUUUUCAAAACCACGGCUUAUAAGGACUGCAGUGAGGAGCCGGAUUUAUUAAUUUUCCAAGAGAUGAGUUGGGGACAGUUCUCCUAGAGGACUGGACUCUGGGUGUGGAAUUUAAAAAAUAAAAUUAAAAAAAAAACGAUCUGUGGAUUGAACUGGAGACGCGUUCUUAAGAGACUUUUUGUUGGUGCGUAGAGCAAUGUAUUAUUUUGGAAAAUUUACAGCAGACCCAAUGCUGAAUUCUAAUGCAUAUUUACAACACGCAGGAUUUUUUUUUGCUAAGCUCAAGGGAAGGGGGGGGUGACAGAAGGAACUUCUACAAAAAUAAAGAAAUUAAAGGAGAGAACGGCCACCUACCCCCUGAGCUCCCCACCCCUCCCCAAAAAAUAAAACAGGGAUUGGAACGCAAGAAGUGGGAUCCAGAAUGCUUGUUUUAAGGAAUCGUCCUGUUUGGAAUUUCUUCAAAAUCCUGCGUUCUGUUAUUUCCGAUGAAGAUUCCCCACACGACUGCAGAUGGCAUGAAGAGUCUGGAUUGCUGUUUGCUGAGUUCAGUAGAGAGCUUUCUCCUGUAUAGAAUUGAAUUUCUUUCCUUUUUUUUCCCCAAAAGAUGUAUCUGGAACUGUAAGAUCAUUUUGGUUCUUUUUAAUUGUUUUUUUUUUGGUACCAGUGUAACUAUUGCCCCUCUGUAUCAAAGCACAAAUUGAUUCAUGUUGGGUGGAGUAGAAUCACCUACAAAACUAGCGAGAAACUGAAUCCUUUUAAAUUCUUUCUUUCGAAGCCCAAAGGAAAGUCGGCUAGAAACCUUUGUUCAACUUGUACAUAAAACUGUAUAAUACAUGUACAAAAGCGAUCAGGCGAAUUGUAAAUACUGUAUCAUAAAUAUGUGAAGUUCUCGAGUCUCUGGUAGGACGUUUCUGAGGAAAUUUGACAGUCUGUGCUUUUUUUUUAGUUUUAGGGUUUAUAUUUUAUUGUUUAUUUAAAAAGCUGUGAAAGGUGAGCUCUGACCAGGGAAGAGGACCCGUGUUUGAGAACCCGCUCUCUAGCCUAGCAGUCUAAAAAUAAGAUCUGUCGUAUUAGUUCCUACAGGCUGUGCCGUCUGCCUCUGUGUGUAUAUACUGUACAUAUGUAUAGAACAUACCAAGACCAUGUGCGAUCGUACGUGUUGGUGUGUUGACAUGUCUUGCGUGUGACUGACCUCAUUUGGGUUUGUCAGGAAGGCGCAUCUAAAAAUGUGGCUUUUUUUUUUUUUUUUUAAAGCAAGGUAUUCAACCCUUAAGCUAAUGCCUGUAUGAAUGAGACCUCUGUACGUCACAGAACCAAAGACACGUGGACAGUGUUAGCAACGUCUCUCCACCUUCCUGCUCCAGCGUCCUCGCUGUUAGCGACGUCUCUGUGCUGUCAAGUUACUGUGCUAUUUAAAAAAUUAAAAAAUAAAAAAAGUUUAACCAGCACUAGUAAUCUCACCACCAAACCUUGAAAAAAAAAAAAAAAAAAUCUAGCUAGCCGACGUCAUUAAAACUGAAUGGCUAGAGAUUACAAAUCCUGCUGUUUUUUCAAAUUACAUCUCGGGUGGAAACCACAGUAGUUGAGUUCAGAUUUAACUGCAUCCCUUCAUAGCUUGUGCCCAGCGAAAGAUGUGUGAAUUGAACUGACCUGACUGACCGCAGCGUGCGGUGGCAGUCUGACCAUUUCCGUCACGCUCUGUUAAAACAGUAACCCGCUUCUGAAAAGACUCCCCCGCUGUGAUGUCAGUCCCAGCUUUCCAGGCAGGUCCCGCUCGCUCGCUCAGUGUAGAGACGGGCGGCUGCGUCAGAUUCCAGAGUCGAACCUCGUUCUAGUUCCAGAGACUCCCGUAUUGAGAACUUGUGUCUGUUGUUUUUUUGUUUAAGGUUUUAAGGCUGAAGGUGCAUUGA